AUGCCCUCUUCGACCUCUUCUCAUGAAUUGUCUCAAGUUGGAACCGAUGCGGCCACGAUUGAGUCAUUGGAAGAAGCGAUUCCGCCCGAGUCACCGAAAACCCCGACCGGAGAGGUCGUCGAUUGGAAGCUGAAGGCCAUGUUCUGUUUCAUCGGUUGUGUCGCUCUCGUCGGUUGGAAUUUCAUCCUGGGCGAGUUGGGUACCCUUAUCGACGCCUUUGGAGCCGCAUAUGGGACGUGGAUGUCUCUUUGUUAUUCCCUCUGUGUCAAUGCCGGUCAGUUGAUGCUUGUAUGGGUUGGCAAUCGGUUCAAGUUCGGUCCUCGUUUCUAUACAGGCUGCAUCGGUAUGGGUAUCAGCAUGAUCCUGCUGGCCAUAUGUGCGAUUACCUUCGCUCAGAACAAUCAAUGGGCAGGCUUUGCUGCCGGUUGUGUCCUCAUCGGAAUCUUUGGGUUUGCCAACUCCUUGAUGCAGUCAUCGAUGUUCGGGCUAGCUGCUCUCGUCGAUCCUGUCUGUACUGAAUUCGUUCUUAUUGGCGAAG